AUGGUCAAACCUCCACCGCUCACCAAAUCGGAUAGCGUCGACGGUGAGAACUAUGGACGUGUGGAACAGUAUAGCAAAUCGAGAACAUUUCAGAGAUUGUUCUUCUCAAAGAUCCGCUGAAAGUGAGAGAGGAGCCAAAGAAGGAGGUGAAGAAGGGUCAGUACAAUUCGCAAGGAGAAUUGAGCCCAAUGACUUUUUCUCUUUCAGUUUCCCGCUCUUGCGAGUGCAUCAUCAUGGAUCUGCCAACUGUAGUGGUGCCGAAGAAGGUGCCGAGAUUCAUCAAACGGGCAGGUGCCGUCAAAGCGAGCAAGGCGAAGUCGGGAUCGGCCGCUCUCGUGAAGAUGCGAGGUGUGAAUGUGGACAAGAACGGAAAAGCUGAGGACUUGGUCGCCACCCGCGCCGACAAAAUCGAGGAGAUCCGCAGUCUUCUGCGCAACUCGUACCUGUCGAUCAUCAACCAACCCGGACCAUCCACUUGA